UUGGGGAGCAAGAAAGCAAGAAAGCAACCUGCGACUUCCAAGGCGGAACGGGCGAGGGCGAGGGCGAAAGACACUGCUGCACACGACUUCCCUGCUCACCCUCUCUCUUCAGCCAGCCAGUCAGCCAUGGCGAGCGCCUCCAGCUCCCAGGAGCGAUGAGCCACUAAGGGGCAACCUCGAGGCCCACCCGGGGGAGGUUUCGUCGGCUGGGACCGAGCUCCUGAGCACCGAGACCCAACAUGUGGCACAACGUGGGGCUCACCCUGCUCGUGUUCGUGGCCACGCUGCUCGUCGUGCUGCUGCUCAUGGUGUGCGGUUGGUAUUUCAUCUGGCAUCUCUUUUUAUCAAAAGUCAAGUUUCUGCGGGAACUUGUUGGAGACACCGGAUCCCAAGAAGGAGACCGUGAGCCUUCAGGGUCUGAAGCAGAAGAAGAUGCUUCAUCAUCGUCACACAGAAUCAGAUCUGCUCGCCAAAGGAGGGUCCCUGCUGAUGAAGAUGACUGACCC